CAGGCGCGAUGCGAUGUCUCCGUGGCUUCGCAGCCUACGCCUACGCCGAUGCCGCAGAUGGAGAGUCCAGAUCAAUCUCCGUGACUUCGGGACGGACAGCUCUCGGGCCCAGCGAAGAAUCUAUGAUUUGCUGUACAAACCCGGCAGCCACGAGGUCCUCUACCACACCCUGCAGAGCUUCGUCCAACGCAUCGACGGCCCCGCGGCGGUGAACGCCUUCUGCUCGCUCGCGCGGCUGGACACCGCGCGCUGGGUGCAGCUGGCCGAACCAGGUCAACGCCCUGCGCGUGGCUCUGGAAAAGUGGACAGCACUUUGGCAGUGGAAGCGGAGGAGGGAUUGAGCCAACGCUUGGGUCUGCUGUUGAAGAAUCGUGAGGACCUAAAACCAGUUCAUGUCUCCAAUCUGAUGUGGUCCCUGGCCAAAGUCGCGGCGCGGGAGCCCUUUGAUGCCCUUUGUCAGCCCAUCUCGAAGCGCCUGCUGGCGGAAGUGCCAAGGCUGGGCGGCCGGGAUCUGGCCACCAGCCUGUGGGCCGUGGCGGUCUUGGUGGCGGAUACACCUCAUAGGCAAGCCAUCGACGUUGCCCUGCCUCGUUUCCUACUGCAGCGUGUGGGCUUGAUGGCCAAGAGCAAAGAUCUCAAAGGCUACGACCUCACGCAGUCCCUAUGGGCCGCGGCCAAGUUGGCCAACCAAGGAGUGCCAGGCAUGGUGAAGUUGAUUUCGGAGAUCGUCCACGGCGCUUUGGGCGAAGCCUCAACGUUUGAAGGCCACUCGAUUUCGGUAUCUCUAUGGUCGAUCGGUUUGACGGAGGAGCUCCUAGAAGAGCACUUACGGGAGACGCUGCAUGGCAUGCCGGAAGUGCAGCAGUUCGCCCGAGAGCUAGCGGCAGCCGCUCCAGCAAUGAUCUCGUCGAUGAACUCGCAGAUGCUGGCGAAUAGCGCCUGGGGAGCUGCGAGAGUGCAAGUGAACGAUGCAACUUUUUACGAAGCCUUGGCCAAGAAAGGCCUGGAACUUCGAGCGACAAGAGAUGCUGUUGUGCUCGACCAACACAUCUAUAACCUGGCCUGGAGUUUUGUGAAGGCCGAGGUGUGUACAGUGGGAGCAGCAAGGGAGUACGUGCUGAAAGCCGCCGAAGACGGCCGACCAGGGGGUCGGCUGGAAAAAAUGGCGCCUUACCACGUGGCGGGACUUGCCUGGGUCUUGUCCAAGGGGUUCACCCCAGAUACGCUCUAUGAAAACAAGGACGAGGUCUUCCUGGCGCCUCAGGCGGUGCAACGGGCGGUGCGCACGGCCAUGCGCUGCGCCAAUGGUGCACCGGAAAAAUUUGAGCCAAAGGAGCUCAGCUGGUGCGUUUGGGGCGGUGCGCGCUGCAAAAUGCACGACGCAGUGUUGGAGAUGCUGCCGAAAACCAUGAUGCGCUAUGUCGAUACAGAGGACCUUGAGAACGUGUCGCAGAACUUCAGCAUGGUGCUUUGGUCCAUGGGGGCGGCCGAAAUUGGCCGUCAGCAGCUUCCACAGCCCUUGCUGGGACGCUUCCUGGAUGCCGCCAAGCUGUGCAUGGCCAAAGAUGUCGUGGGAGAAGCUUGCAGGGUCACGAACCUGGCGAAUGCCGUUUGGGCUUGCGCCAAGGCAGAUUUUGCAGCCAAAGAGCUCAUUGAUUUUGCGAUUAUCUAUCUUUCGGAGGCCAAAGAAGUCUUCGCACUGCGGUACUACAUCGUAGUGGCUGUGGCCCGAGUUGUCUCCGUGCACCCCGUGUCCGGAAGAUGCGCCCGGUUCGUGCAGCGCGUCUACGAGGAAAGCAUCCAAAGUCUCCAAAGUGCCACGGAUCCUUUCCCAGAGAUGCAGACCAAUGCCGAACACAUGGCAUUGCUGCGUCUAUGCCUGAUCUAUUUACCCUCCUUCCGCCGUUACCUCAGCAGACCCGUCAGCGACGUUCCCAGCAGCUUGGAAAAGUAUCGCUCCCGGGAAGUGACACAGUCGCGAAUGCAGCAAGAGGUGGAAGGAAGUCUGAAGAAUUUGGGGGUACAAGACCUCUGGUCAGAAACGCUCGUUGAGGGUGGCAUGUCUUUGGACGUUCUCUUGCCGUCGCCCAAUUUGCUGAACCGCGUCGCUGGCAACGGAUCACGGGGCCCAAAAAGACGCUGCGACGCUGCGACGCUUCGUUUCUUUUGUGGAUUUAUCUAUUUGCUAGGUCAAUCUUACAUGGAUACCAAAUAA